AUGUCUUUCUUUGCAAAAAGUGGUUCUAUAACACAUCAUCCAUUGUUGAAUGACUCUAACUAUCCUUAUUGGAAAGUUAGAAUGAAAGCUAUCAUCAAAUCACUAUAUGAAAAGGCAUGGAGAUCAAUCUUAACAGAUUUGACACCACCUACUGAGUCUCGUGAUCUAACAAAGCACUCUAGGCUUGUGAUGUUAACUACAAGAUUUGAAAAUCUUAGAAUGACUGAAACUAAGUCUCUGACCGAAUUCUAUGAAAGAUUAUUUGAUAUUGCUAAUGAAUAUUUUUCCUUGGGUGAAAAAUUAGAAAAUAGUGUGUUAGUUCGAAAAAUUGUUAGAGUUCUUCUUGACAGGUUUCAAACUAAGCUCACGGUGAUUGAGGAGGCAAAAGAUCUUGAUACAAUGAAAGCAGAGGAGUUGAUGGGUUCUCUUCGAACUUUUGAACUCAAUCAACAAAUUCGUCAAAAGGAGAAACCAUAUGCUCUUAAAGAGAAAUCAAUUGCUCUUAAAAUAUUAAAGGAGAAAAACUCGGAUGAUGAUGUUUAUGAAGAUAAGAUGGCCUUGUUGACCAACAAUUUUAAAAAAUACAUGAAAAAGAUUGGAAACAAGAAACCUAUAUUCAAAUCUUCCAAAAGUAACAACUUCUCUAAACCUUUUGAUAAUAACUAUAAGAGAGGUGACUCUGAAAGUAGCGAUGAAGAAGAUAACUCAAACAAUGCCUUAACUUUUGUUGUUUCUGGAUUAACCCAAAAUUCAAAGGUUGAGUUUGUUUGUCUAAAACAUAUUGUUCAGGAAGAGAAAAAUUCUGAAUGUGAAUCCAAUGAAUACGAUCUGGAUGAGGAUUUUUUGAAAGAGUCGUACAAAGACAUGUACGAUCAAUGGUUAAAUGUAUGUUCUAAUAAUCGCUUAAUGGCAAGUAAUGACAAAUCUUUAAAGAAAAUGAAUGAUAAACUUGACAAUAUUGUGAAAAAUCUUGAAAAUGAUGUUAUUGCCAAAGACUCUGAAAUUAAGCGAUUAUUAAAAGAAAUUAACCUCAUGGUUAAAGGUGUGAAAAUUCUUAAUCCAAAUUCUAGGAUUUUGGUUGAUGUAAUAUGUGCAGGACAAAAGGCUGUGGGAAAACCACCCAAAAAGAUUUGGGUAAAGAAAAAUGAAUUAAAGUGUCUUGCUGCGUUUACUUGUCAUAAAACUCGUGCUUCUAAUUCUUGGUAUUUUGAUAGUGGACAUUCUAGACAUAUGAUAGGUGAUGCAAAUAUACUCACCAAUUUCAAAUCUUUGAAAUGUGGUGUUGUAACUUUUGGUGAUUGUAUGACAUGGAACAUUGUUGCAAAAAGUACCCUAAAUCUUGAUGGGUUGCCAAAAUUGAAAAAUGUUUUACUUGUUGAAGGACUUAAAGUUAAUUUAAUUAGCAUAAGUCAAAUUUGUGACCAAUACUUCAUAGUAAACUUUUCUCGUGAUGAUUGCAAUGUUGUUGAUCAAAAUGUUCUCCUUCUCAAAUUUAGUAAUGAUUUCUCUUCUCUUGUUCUUGUGGGAUUCAUAAAUCAUAGGUGCCAAAAAGGGAGAACCAACUUUGUGGGCCUUGUUGUGGGUUUGGUUGUAUUUUGGUUCUUAUAUGUUUUGAUGAUUGUUAAUGAAAGGAGACAUGAUCAUGAGAUGAAGAUUUUGGAUGGUGUAUGGUCGGCCUAA